CCUGUGUGGAUGUGGUGCUCUCCAGCUAAUCCCUUUCUCUCGCUGUCAUUUGGUUGUGUAGUUGCGUUUUGAGUGUGUAACAUUUUCCGCACCUUCAGUUCAGUCGUGCUUUGUGCUGUGUUGUAAUUUUCUCUCAUCCUGUUGGGCGCUUGAUUUUUUUUUUUUUGACUUUCACGUGUGCGUCUCUGCCUCAAGACGGAACAGGUUUCGCAGUGUCUGGACUUGCUGCAAACGCUUCCCUGUAGGCUGGACAGUAACAAAGUGCUAAUUUUUAAGUCGAGUGAACGCAGAUGGAUUUCUAUAAACGGUUGAAUUUUGUUAAGAAAAGAUUAAAAUAAUUGAUUUGCGAAAACGUAGAAAUCGAGUGGACUGGAGGCAAAUAACAAACGAUGGCAAUCGCAUUCUACUGUGAGGACGAAGAUCCCAAGAUGCAGUACACCGGCAGUAGUCAAGCCUAUUACGCGGCUGCCUAUGGAUACCACCAGCACAACCACCACCACCAUCAGCAGCAAGCUCAGCAUGGUGUUGCGGUAGGACCACAGCAGCAUCAGCAUGCCGGCAGUGGCCAGGGCACUGUUGUUGACGAGAAUAAUAACAACUGUGCACUGCACGGCGGUGAUGGUGGUGAAAGUGGUGGAAGCAGCGGUGAAGUGCAGCACGGUGCAGCUACCGUGCACAGUAGCAACCGGCAGUUGAUGCGAGUCCUGCACCAGGUGCUGUACCGGUACACGAUGGAAGGUGUCCUCGGUCCAGACCAAACAUCCUGCAUCUUCUGCAACCGGAUUUACUAUCUGUUCCAGCUGCUCUACUGACAUCGGAUCGGAUCGCAUUACGCAUCGGAAGUGUAUUCUGCACUGAAAACUAAAGUUCCAGUAAAAAUCAAUUAAAUUUUAUUACGAAAAAACAAAAUCAACAAAAAUUACAAAAAACACAAUCAUCAAAGCUUACCAACCGACCGGACUGGAUUGCUGUCUAUCAAUUCAACAAAGUUGAUGCGUUGCCAAGCAGCCAUCUUUAAUCCCGAUUUGAGAAAGACACUCCGAAGCAAGCACUUCCUCCUCGCCGGUCGGUUUCCUGUGAUGAAAGCAAUCGUAACUGAAGGCAUUUGAGUUUCCAAGCGAGAAAUAUAUUUAGUUAGCUAGCAUAAGCGUAAGGCGUAAGGCAAUUUGAUCAAAAGACAAGGAAUGGUUUAACUUUUUUGAUUUUGCUUCGUCAAUAUGAUUUUUAUAAACACUGUUUUUUUUUUGUAAAACAAGUUGUUACGAUAACUUGAAAUGCGUAUUGUCGAUAUUAGGUCCAAGUACUGACUAGCAUCUAGGUGUUUCCUUCUCUUAUUUUUUUUUUUCCUUUAUGUUAGUACUCACAUAAUUUGAUCCUCGGUUUAAAAAUCCCUUCCCCUCAUAGAAAAUAAGAUAUUCAAAGACAAGCGAAGACAAUUUCUAAGAUUUCCCAAAAUUUGGAAACGUUCCCAGACCAGAGUGAGAACCAGGGCCAGGGGACGUUACCGAAUUCGAAAACAAUCAGCCACUUCCGUUCGAUGCCAAGGAAGAUGAUCUCAGUUCUAGUUUCGUAAGGCUCAGCUGCUGCGACUCCGUUGGGAGUUUCAUCAGAUAGUACCACAGUUUAUUUUUCUUUUCUUCUAAU